CUCGAAACGAAAUAUAACUAAACGAAUUUUCUUUCAGCUUCUUACGUUCUCUCUCCGACGGGGGCAGCGACGAUCAAAUCCUACUACUUAGAGCCGCCGGCGACCUCCAUCGAGGACGAACGACCAUCCUAUAUUCGAGUUACUGAUCUCGGGUGGUUACUUGGAGAAAACAUUCCAGCAAUAGAUGGGCAAUAACGAAGAUCGGUCAAAUUCCAAGAGAAUUGUUUUUGUGACUGUGGGAACUACUUGUUUUGAUGCUCUUGUUAAAGCUGUGGACACUCAGGAAGUUAAGGAAACACUCUCUUCCAAAGGAUAUACGGACCUUCUCAUUCAAAUGGGUCGUGGAUCCUAUGUCCCCACCAAGUCUAGUGGAGAAGAUGGGUCCCUGGUUGUAGACUACUUUACUUUUUCGUCAAGCAUUGCUGACAAUUUGCGAUCAGCAUCUCUUGUCAUCAGUCAUGCAGGUUCCGGGAGCAUCUUUGAGACAUUGCGGCUGGGUAAACCUUUAAUUGUGGUGGUGAAUGAGGAUUUGAUGGACAAUCAUCAAAGUGAGCUAGCAGAAGAAUUAGCUGAGAGGAAGCAUUUGUUUUGUGCACGCCCUCAAACACUCUUCCAGACCAUUGCGGAUAUGGAUUUGGAGUCUCUCAUCACAUACCACCCGGGUGAUGCCACACCUGUUGCUAAACUUAUAAACAAAUUUCUAGGCUUUCCAGAUGACUGAUGAAAUUGUGGAAUAUGUCCUUCCGUCAAAUCAAUUGAAGAAUACAUUGGGAAAUCUUUAACACUCAUUUUAAUGAGGCAUGAGCUCUUUUUCGGGUGUGUUUUCACGUCCAAAGGGAUGUGAAUAAGCUGUAUGAUCUGCUUGUGUUUUGUUUAAGUUACUUUCAAGAAAGGUUCAUUUGGAAAAAGGGGAAAACUAUGGCUGUAAUAGGUGAAAAUUUGAAAGAAAUUCCAAGUUCAUGAUACAAAAAUCGGUACUAAUGCCGUGCCAUUUACUUCUGGUGAUGGCUUCUAUUUCUUGUAACCAUGCACACCAUUAUACCCAUUGAGUUACUGUAAGAGCCGAGAGAGGUACUUAGGCUUCAUUAUUGGUGAUAGCACUGAUGAUUUCAGCCUCAUUUAAAUGGAAUUGUUACAGAAUUAAAAAGUUGUUAGACAAACUUAAAUUGUUGUACUUGAUUUUGACCUGAUGAAGCUGCUCUACUUGUUUGAGUUUUUUCUUA